GCGGCGCUCGCGGGCUCGGCCGUCUGUGCGCGCCCACUCCGGCUCCAGGCCGCCGGGCUCCCGCCGAGCAGCUCGCGCCGAGGCCCCGCGCCCCUCGCAGCCGCCCCGGGCGCCGUGCAUGGAGACGCCGCCCGCCGCCGGACCCCGCCGCUGAGCCACCGUCUGGCCGGGACCCGCGGGGGCUGCGGUGGCCUCGGGCUCCCGCCGGCCCCGCCGAAGCCGCACUCGGGCUUGGCCGGCCGCCCCCGCCGCCCGAGGGCUGCGCGUGGCCCGCGGGCCUGGUCGCCCGCGCGAAUCGCCGCGGCCCGGCCGCCCCGUCCCAGGAAGCGGCCGUCCCGAGCGCCAUGGCGCACUCCCCGGUGCAGUCGGGCCUGCCCGGCAUGCAGAACCUAAAAGCAGAUCCAGAAGAGCUUUUUACAAAGCUAGAGAAAAUUGGAAAGGGCUCUUUUGGUGAGGUGUUCAAAGGCAUUGACAAUCGGACUCAGAAAGUGGUUGCCAUAAAAAUCAUUGAUCUGGAAGAAGCUGAAGAUGAGAUAGAGGACAUUCAACAGGAAAUCACAGUGCUGAGUCAGUGUGAUAGUCCAUACGUAACCAAAUAUUAUGGAUCCUAUCUGAAGGAUACUAAAUUGUGGAUAAUAAUGGAAUAUCUUGGUGGAGGCUCCGCACUAGAUCUAUUAGAACCUGGGCCUUUAGAUGAAACUCAGAUUGCUACUAUAUUAAGAGAAAUACUAAAAGGACUUGAUUAUUUGCAUUCGGAGAAGAAAAUUCAUAGAGACAUUAAAGCUGCCAAUGUUCUGCUCUCUGAACAUGGAGAGGUGAAGCUGGCUGAUUUUGGAGUGGCAGGCCAGCUGACAGAUACCCAGAUAAAGAGAAAUACCUUCGUGGGCACCCCUUUCUGGAUGGCACCUGAAGUCAUCAAACAGUCGGCCUACGACUCAAAGGCAGACAUCUGGUCCCUGGGCAUAACAGCUAUAGAGCUUGCAAAAGGGGAACCACCUCAUUCUGAGCUGCACCCCAUGAAGGUUUUAUUCCUCAUUCCAAAGAACAACCCUCCGACGCUGGAAGGAAACUACAGCAAACCCCUCAAGGAGUUUGUGGAGGCCUGUUUGAAUAAGGAGCCGAGCUUUAGACCCACGGCAAAGGAGUUACUGAAGCACAAGUUUAUAAUACGCAAUGCGAAGAAAACAUCCUACUUGACGGAGCUAAUCGACAGGUACAAGCGGUGGAAGGCCGAGCAGAGCCAUGACGACUCCAGCUCAGAAGACUCCGACACGGAAACGGACACGGAUGGUCAAGCAUCUGGAGGCAGCGAUUCUAGCGACUGGAUCUUCACGAUCCGAGAGAAAGAUCCAAAGAAUCUUGAGAAUGGAACUCUUCAGCCAUCGGAUUUAGACAGAAAUAAGAUGAAAGACAUCCCGAAGAGGCCUUUCUCUCAGUGUUUAUCUACAAUUAUUUCUCCUCUGUUUGCAGAGUUGAAGGAGAAGAGCCAAGCAUGUGGUGGUAACAUGGGGUCCAUAGAAGAACUGCGAGGGGCCAUCUACCUGGCAGAAGAGGCGUGCCCUGGAAUCUCGGACACCAUGGUGGCCCAGCUCGUGCAGCGGCUCCAGAGAUACUCGCUAAGUGGUGGAGGAACUUCGUCCCACUGAACUUCCUUUGGCAUUUGGGGUUUUGUUUUUUCUUUCUUCUUCAUCCUGCUCCUUUUAAACAGUCAACAAGAGCCUUUGCUGACUCCGCUGAAGAGCUGCACCGAGGGCUGGCCCAACCGAGGCUGCCCACACAGGCCUCAGCGUCCUU